AUGAUCGGAGAGCGAAACCAUUCACAUCCGACGGUCCACGUCCCUCCGUGGACGACGAUAGUCGACGAUCCAACAGUCGACGCUUCAUUCCCCUUCCCUUUCACCGGCAAUGCCGACGACUACUCUCCGUUCGAUGAUCUGACGGCGCUGCAACGGUAUCUCCCGUCGAACGACGUGGAUUUGGACUCCGACGACUCUGGUCGAGAGUCGGAUCUCCCGUCGGACGCGUACUCUUGUGAUCACUUCAGGAUGUUCGAGUUCAAGGUCCGGAAGUGCACGCGUGCCAGGUCGCACGACUGGACAGAGUGUCCGUAUGCUCAUCCCGGCGAGAAGGCCCGCAGGAGAGACCCGAGAAAGUUUCACUAUUCGGGUACCGCAUGUCCGGAUUUUCGAAAAGGUAACUGCAGGAAGGGUGACGCGUGUGAGUUCGCACAUGGCGUCUUCGAGUGCUGGCUCCACCCGGCCCGGUACCGGACCCAGCCGUGCAAGGACGGCCGGAACUGUCGCCGGCGGGUUUGCUUCUUCGCCCACUCGCCCGACCAGCUCCGUGUCCUGAGUCCCAGAGCACCGGGUUCGGGUUCGGCUGAUUCCUAUGACGGGUCAAGUUCUUUAGAGUCACCGCCGAUGUCUCCAAUGACCGCCCGGUCUUUAGGUUCGGGGUCGGUCAAUGAAAUGGUCUUGUCUCUGCGUCAGUUGCAACUGAACAAGGUCAAGUCUAUGCCUUCCUCGUGGGGUCCUCAGAUGGGUUCUCGCUUCGGAUCCCCCACUUUGUCCAUCACUCGACCUGUUUUCUGCAGCUUGCCUUCAACCCCGACUAGCACAACAUCCCGAUCGGUCCGGUCUUUGGACCUCUGGGACAAAAUCGGGCUGGAAGAGGAACCUGUAAUGGAAAGGGUUGAGUCUGGUCGAGAUCUUAGGGCUAAGAUGUUCGAGAAACUAAGCCGGGAGAACCCCUUAGAUGGCGCUAAGUCGGGAUCGGAACCAAUAUCUGCGGGUCCUGAUUUGGGAUGGGUGUCAAAGCUGGUAACAUGA